CUGAUUCUGAUUUCCCAGGAAAGAUGGAGCAAGACAGUUCUAUUGGAAAAGUAGUGAAGUUGUCUCAUGUUCUUGUUGUUUCGGCCGGUUUAAUUGCCGCCGUCACUGCCGCGGCCUUCAGCCACAGGUCGACGGUGAUAGGAGAACGGAAGAACAAGAAGAACAAAAAGGUGAUUCCACUACUCCGAAGGACCGAAUCUGGUCGUCUAGGAGAGAUCGAAAAAUUCUCCCACUAUUUUGCAAGACAAAUGGGAUUUGAAGAUGCUUCUGAAGUUCCUGAACUGUGCAUAUUGGCGCAAGAGUAUUUGAGAAAGUCCAAAGAAUGCGACGAAAACAUCUAUGAAUAUAUUUCCAAUGCCGAUAAAGACAACGUUGAUUCUCUCUAUAUGAAAUUGGUUGACGAAUUUGAGAGAUGCAUUCUCAGUUAUUUAGCAUUUCAUUGGAAUAAAGCUACAUCUCUUAUUAGUAUGGCUUUAAGUGUAGAGUCUCCACACAAAAAAAAACUCAAAGAAAUUCUAUUAGCAGCCACAAGGAAACAGAGGUUUGCAAGAGUAAGCAAGGAUUUGCAGGUGACAAGAGUGUUUUCUACUUUGGUGGAAGAGAUGAAAGCAAUAAAUGGUGACUUGCAAUAUUCAGACGUGAUGGUGCCCAUGGCCUUGAGUGAGAGGAGUCCAGUUUUGUUAUUUAUGGGAGGUGGUAUGGGAGCUGGAAAGAGCACUGUGCUUAAAGACAUUCUUAAAGAGCCAUUUUGGUCUGGGGCAGCUACAAAUGCUGUGGUGGUUGAGGCAGAUGCAUUUAAGGAGAGUGACGUCAUAUAUAGGGCCCUUAGCUCUAGAGGUCAUCAUGAUGACAUGCUCCAAACUGCUGAAUUGGUGCAUCAAUCUUCCACUGAUGCUGCAUCAUCGCUAUUGGUGACAGCUCUUAACGAAGGUAGAGAUGUAAUUAUGGAUGGUACCUUAUCAUGGGAGCCAUUCGUGGAGCAAACUAUUGCCAUGGCAAGAAAUGUUCACAAGUACAGAUACAGAAUGGGGGUAGGAUAUAAAGUAGAUGAAGAUGGAAAAAUCACUGAAAAUUACUGGGAGCAAGUAGGUGACACAGAAGAAGAUCAAACAAAGGAAAUGUCUAAUGGAGAACCACGAACACGGAAGCCUUACAGAAUUGAGCUAGUUGGCGUGGUUUGUGAUGGCUAUCUUGCUGUUGUCAGAGCCAUUAGGAGAGCUAUUAUGACAGGAAGGGCAGUGAGAGUGAAUUCCCAAUUAAAAUCUCACAAAAGAUUUGCUAAUGCAUUUCCAAAAUACUGCAAUCUGGUUGAUAAUGCCAGACUCUAUUCCACAAAUGUUGUUGGUGGUCCACCAAAGCUUAUAGGGUGGAAGGAUGGUGAUCACAAUCUACUUGUAGAUCCUGAAGAAUUCAAAUGCUUGGAAAUAUUAAGCAAUUUGAAUCCUGAAGCUGACUCCAUCCUCGAACUUCAUAAAGAACCCAAUCUCAUAACGAAACCUGGUUCUGUGUGGGGUGAUAUCAUUCUGUCACCUUCAAGGGUAGAUGUUCAAAAAGAAUUGAGGGAAUCGAUUAAGAAAAUAGAAAAAUCAUCCUAAAUAUUUUAACCAAAUUGUUGCGUGAUGCAUAGGAACAAUGCUAAACUCACUUUUAUGUUUUGAAGUUUAGUUUUGUAUCUAUUAAUACUAUAGUUUUAUCAAGA